UCGGGGACGCUGCGAAGGCCAUGGUCAGGCAGCGACGCGCCGCGGACGGCUUCAGGCUGGAGCCGAGAGACAGGAGCAGCGCGCGGGGUGCGGAGUCGAGAGUUCGGUCCCUUCUCUGAGCGCUGAGCGCGCGUCGCAAGUAACUUCCGCAGCCAGGCCGGAGCUACGCGCCCCUUGUCUGUCCAGCGGUUACUCUCCCCGGGCCCCACCGUCCAGCUGAUCCGGCCGUCGGGGAUGUUUUAUUUCCACUGUCCGCCACAGCUAGAGGUAGGCACUGCACCCUUUGGCAACCACUCUCCAGGAGAUUUCGAUGAUGGGUUUCUGCGCAGAAAACAGCGCCGGAACCGGACGACAUUUACUCUUCAGCAGCUGGAAGCUCUUGAGGCAGUUUUUGCCCAAACACACUACCCUGAUGUCUUCACCAGAGAAGAGCUGGCCAUGAAAAUAAACCUCACAGAAGCCAGAGUGCAGGUUUGGUUCCAGAACCGAAGGGCCAAAUGGAGGAAAACAGAGAGAGGAGCUUCCGACCAAGAGCCAGGAGCCAAGGAGCCCAUGGCAGAGGUGACACCCCCACCUGUGCGAAACAUCAACUCCCCGCCCCCCGGGGACCAGGCCCGGAGCAAGAAAGAGGUCCUGGAAGCCCAACAGAGCAGCCUGGGGAGAACUGUGGGUCCCACAGGACCCUUCUUCCCUUCUUGCUUGCCGGGGACCCUCCUGAAUACGGCCACGUAUGCCCAGGCUCUGUCACACGUUGCCUCUCUGAAAGGGGGCCCACUGUGCUCUUGCUGUGUCCCAGACCCCAUGGGGCUGUCGUUCCUCCCCACCUACGGCUGCCAGAGUAACCGCACGGCCAGCGUGGCCGCCCUGCGCAUGAAGGCUCGCGAGCACUCGGAGGCCGUCCUGCAGUCCGCCAACCUCCUGCCCUCGGCCAGCAGCAGCCCCAGCCCUGUGGCCAAGCCGGCGCCCCCCGAUGGCAGCCAGGACAAGAACCCUCCCGCCAAGGAACAGAGCGAGGAAGACAAGAGUGUAUGAGGGUCCGGAGUGUCCAGGCCCGAGGCGCCCUCCCCUGCCCCCUGCUUCUCCCAGCCUCAGCCCCUGUGGAAAACUCCCCAAAAAGCAAAGGGAAGACUGCGGCCCAGGGCCUCCUCACGGACUCAGGAAGGGAAGUGAGACCCACGGCUUCCUCGGCAUCUGGAGAGUGCUUCUGGAGUCCUACCGGCGGGGCUGUGUUGUCCUGGCUUCUUUGGUGACAUGUCCGGAUGGAACUCGUGGGCACCAGAGCCCAUUCUGUGGUGAGACCGUUGGGGUUUCCAUCUGGGCCCAGAAGUCUUGGAGGGAAGUAGAGUUACUCACCCCCUCACCUUCCUGACCCUUUCCUGGGCUGCCUUUGAAGGUCUUACCAACCCAAAGAACUGCGGCAUGGGCCAUCCUUGAGAGACAUCCAGGGCUGAGUCUUGCGCUCCGAAGCGGGGCCGUGCCGUUACAUUAGGCACCAACCGACUCUCAACUGCCUACCAUCAAGACUAGCAGCCGUCGCCCCCUUCCUCUUAUUGGAGGAUAUUGGUUGUAGGCUGGGUUAGGUUAGAAGGUG